CUCUCACCACCUAAAGCCAGCACAUUUGCCGAUCAUAGAACGCUUUCGUCCUCCUUGGCCGUCUUUGAUUUCGAGCUCCCAACUCAUAAAUCAUACUUUUUUUGGAUUCUAUCUUUAUAAUUCAGAUAAGCUUCGCGAUUCUUCACACUUGCGCUAUCGAUUCAACUUUAUUCAACAGAUUUAUAGUUCACAACUCAAGGUUAUCUCUCCUUCUAGUCAAAGAUUUAUAAAUUGGUCUUUGAUGUGCUGCAUCUGUGUUAUAUUGUCAUGCACCACUGUCUUUAUUGGUCGUAUUGCACAGAGUGUGUGUGGAAGCAGGUGCUAUGGCAGCAUCUACUAAGUUCGACAGGUCUUCUAAUAGCCCAGAUAGGCAACUAUAUACACCACGUGGAUCCUUUAUGUCUGCUUCAUUGGAUCGAUUGGGUAGCUUCAGAGAGAAUGCAGAACAUCCAAUUCUAUCGUCUCUACCAAGCCUUUCAAGAGGCAGUUCUAGUACGAGCCAAGGAGACGUGGCGAGCUUCUUACAGUGCUUGCAGUUUGAUCCAAAAUCUAUGGCUCUGGAGCACAAGUAUAAUCGGCACGUGGGGUUUAAGCGAAUUGCAAAUGUAGCAUUUGGCCUUCCAUCAGAUGGUUCUCCAGCAGGUCCUGUGAAAGGGAAACCAUUGCCAUCUCCCUCUCUUGAUGAUCUUAAGAGGCUUAAGGAAGCUGCCCGUGAAUGCACUAUUAAAGCGAGGGAGCGCGUCAAGAUCUUUUCUGAUGUCUUGUUGGCCAUGAACAAGUGUUUCCCCAAUAUUACAUCUAGAAAAAGAUCACGGUCAGAUGUUUUGACAACUGACAGGUCCAAUGUCGUGCCUUCUAGCGAUCGCUCAUUUCUUAAAUCUGGAAUGGGUAAGAUAGGGUCCCAAAGUCAUGCUACUACAAGUAGUUUUGAUCUUGAGCCACAAAGAACUAAGGAGAGGACCAAACUUCCGAUCCCAAACAAGCGUACUCGAACUUCUAUGGUGGAUAUGAAGACUGAAGCACGUCCGAACACUCCAGCUAGGCCAUCUGGUAAUGCAGAUAGAGACAAAGAAACACUAAGAUUUUCUAAUAGUGGAGCAGCUCAAGGUGAGGAUAGAAGUCUUUCAGUUGGCGUUGAUGGGUGGGAAAAGUCAAAGAUUAAGAAGAAGCGAUCUGGCAUAAAGCAUGAUCUAUCUCCAUGUACAGGAACUUCAAAAGCCAAUGAUGGAUACAGAGAACCUAAGCAAGGAGUGCAUCAUAAAGUAGUUGCUGAUGUACGAUCAAGGGUAAAUGAUUCCCAUGGAUCAAGGUUAGGAGUUCCUAACGGAUUAGUUGGAGUUGGAAAGACUGAAAGUGCAGCACAGCCAAGUGGGGCAGCCCUGCGCUCCUCAAUACCCCACCCGGAUCAGGACAGUAGUUCCAUUGCACAUGAUAGAAAGGAACACCCUGCAGAUAAGGAAAAAGUGAACUUCAGAGUUCUGAACAAGGUGAGUGCUAAAGAUGACAUCAAUUCAACAAGUCCUACAACAAGCAAUAAGUUACAUCCUUCUGUUAGAGCUCCGCGAUCAGCAUCAAAUGCUGUACCAAAGAUGUCGCAAGUUGUCCAGCGAGCAAGUGAUUGGGAGCUUUCUCAAUGUACAAACAAGCUUCCUCUUACAAUUCGCAAACGCAUGCCAUCAGCAAGGUCUUCAUCACCACCAGUUGCUCAUUGGGCAGGCCAAAGACCACAGAAGAUCUCACGAAUGGCUAGAAGAUCGAAUUUGGUCCCUAUAGUCGGUAAUACUGAUGAUCAUUCUGCUCUGGAUGCUGCAACCACCACGGCUGCUAGUGAGAAUGUGUCGAGCCAUGCAAGACAUUUACUUGGCAGUUCUCCACAGAAAGUGAAGAGUAAAGUUGAUCAUACAUCUUCCACUACACUGUCAGGCAGUGAAGAGUCUGGAAUUGCUGAGACCAAAUGUAGAGAGAAGGGGAAGAAGUUUGAUGAAAAAGCUUCUCAUAGUGCUCUAAAGGAUCUCACACUUGUGCUGCCUCCACAAAAAAAUAAGCUAGUUUGUGGGGAUGAUCUUGGGGAUGGUGUACGAAGACAUGGACGGUCAGGCAGAGGUCAUUCUUCCACAAGAUCUCUCAUGCCAAUCACCAAUGUAAAGAUUGGCAAGGUAGGAACAGCAAAACAGCUGAGAAACACUAGACUUGGUUCGGAUAAGGCUGAAAGCAAAGCAUAUCGCCCGCCAACUAGGAAGCUUUCUGACCGUAAGACUUAUACACGCCAGAAACAUACCACAAUAAAUGCAUCUGAUUUUCUUGUUGGUUCUGAUGAUGGAAAUGAGGAGCUACUGGCUGCCGCUGCUGCCGUUUCCAAUCAUGCUGCUUGCUUUCCCAGUUCAUUCUGGAGGCAAAUGGAGCCAUUCUUUGGUUAUAUAUCAGAUGCAGAUAUAGCCUAUUUAAAACAACAGGGGGGUUUUGAAUCUGCAGCACCAGCACUGACUCCUCCUUUUGUUCCUAGCUCUGGGUUCAUGGAAAAUAGAAGGGAGAUAAAUGAGCUAAGAAGCUGUAAUCUAGACCUGGGUACAAGGACUUCAAAAGAGGUUCCCCUUUGCCAGAGACUCAUUGCAGCUCUAAUUUCAGAAGAUGAUUUUCUCCCUAAUCAAAAUGGAGAUCUUGAAUCUGACGUUUAUGGAUGUAGUUUUGAUUUGGAGACAGAUAUAGAAUCUAGCUCUUUUAACAGUCACUCAAGGGGAAACUUCCAGGUUGCACAUGCAGGCUAUAAUAGCCAUGCUAAAAUUCAAAAUUAUAGCUCCCGCACUGAGAUGGAAAGACCAGUUAGAAAUAACAGUAUGGUGGUCACGUCAGACUUUGGCUCUACAGAAAAUGGAAUAAUCUCGGACCAAGUGUUGGAACCUCAUAUAACCUGUUCUGAGUUUCAGUAUGGUCAAAUGUCUUUUGAUGAAAGAGUUCUCCUGGAACUCCAGAGCAUCGGAAUUUGUCCGGAGUCUGUGCCUGAUUGGUCACAGGGAGGUGAUGAAGAAGUCAGUGAAGAUAUCAGAAGUUUAGAGGACAAGUUCCAUGAGCAGGUUCCAAAGAAGAAAGUCUUAUUUGAAAGACUAGUGGCUUUGUCUUCUGAGACAAAGGAACGGCAAGAAAAAGAGUUUGAACAGCAAGCGCUUGACAAGCUUGGGACGAUGGCCUAUGAAAAAUAUAUGAGUUGUCAUGGUCUGAAAAGUGCUAGUAGUAAGAUGGCCAAACAAGCUAGUAUGUCUUUUAUUAAGCGUACAUUGGAUCGAUGCCAUCAGUAUGAAGAUACAGGGAAGAGCUGCUUUGGUGAGCCUAUAUAUAGGGAUAUGUUCAUCUGUUCUUCUUCCUAUCCCAACGAUGCACUGCCAGAUGUUACGGCUGAUGGAGAAACUAGCAAACAAGGCGUCUCUACACCUAGAUGUUCUUUGGAAGUUAGAGCUUCAGGUCCAUUCAGUUCUCAACAAAGUCCUUCUCUCAGCAAUCACGAGAUGUAUUCAUCAGAUGGAGUCCAAUUUAAUGAGGAAACUUGGUCAAACGGAGUGAAGAAGAGGGAAUUAGUGUUGGAUGAUGUUAAAGGAGGAAUGAGUGUCUCUUUGGGUAUGGAAGGCUCACUUUCCAGCAAUGCAAAAGGAAAGAGGAGUGAGAGAGAUAGGGAUAGGGAGGGAAUUUCUAGAGUUUUUGGUAGGCCAACCACAUCAAACGACAAUAAUAAAAGUAGUAAUAAGGGAGAACAACGGAAGACAAAAACAAAACCUAAGCAGAAAUCUACUCAACUAUCUGCAUCUUCGAAGAUGAGCAAUAAUAAUAUCCUUGACGAUUUUAAUCUGGAUAUUUUGGAUGACCUACCAAUACCUGAAAUGGAUGUCCUAGGAGGAGUCCCAGAUGAUCUUGGUGGCCAAGGGCAUGAUUUUGCUUCAUGGUUAAACAUUGAUGAUGAUGCAUUACAAGAUCAUGACAACUACAUGGGUCUUGAAAUUCCAAUGGAUGACCUAGCAGAUUUGAAUAUGAUAUAAAAGCUUAAAGUAGUUUUUUUUUUCUGUGUACAUUUUCUGUUCAACAUAGAAUGUAAAGGAGGGGAUGAGUGAUCUAGUUCUCAAGACAUGACCUGGGGAUAGGUAGGUGACUAGGUGGUGAAUUUGGUAAUCCAUUACGAGAUUGUUCAGUAUUGUCUAGGAAAGUUUUCCAUGUGAACCCUAAGUUUUGGGAUUUUCAUGCUUCAAGUUGGAUUACACUUCAGAUCAGAGUAUGAGCAUGUUGCUAUCAUAAAUCGUAGCAAGCAAUGUAAUCUGGUUGUAAGAUUUACAAACAGAGAACAACGACGCCCUUUGUACAUAAUUUCAUUAUUACAAUAAAAUCAGCUUGAUUUGUUUA